UCUCGCGUAUCAUAGCUUUAACACCAGAAAUGUUUAAAAGUAGCAGCAGCAUCACUGAAAAUAUCGUUACUUUGAUAUUCAGCGGAGAUUACGCAAAGACUACGAAGAUGAGACUCUUGGUUGUUCUGUUACUGUUCACGUUCGUGGCCUUCCAAGAAUGUGACGCUUAUUGGAGACGGGGAAAGCGUCGCCGUCCAUCUCAGCCAGUACGUUCAGAUGAAGCACGUCGAGACGUGUUGACAGAAUUUGACACAGACGAGGACGGAUAUCUGGACGAGACUGAGUUGGAGAAAUUACUCAGCGACCGAGACGUUCAAGACUUCAUGCAGAUGUUUGAUGAAAAGGGUGACCGUCUCCUUUCCAUUGAUGAAUAAGGAACAGCAGUGAUCAAUGAGAAUGCGUCAUUGUUAGACUGAAAAACAAGAACAUCACAAGUUUAAAAUAAAACAGAUUUCAACAAAA